AUGUUGAAGCUACCUAAGAAGACAAAGAAGCAAAAAAGAAAUAGUUCACCAAUACCUAAUGCCCCAAUGACACAAGACAAGUCUCAUCCUUCCCAAAGACUUCCUAGUCAAAAUGAAGUAGUGUCAAGUAAAGCUAGUGUUCCGAUACUCUUCAAGAUUCCUAGUGGGGUUCCUCACUCUCUCAAGUGUUUAUUAACUACUGUGAAGUAUGUGGAGCCAAGUUUCAUGGUCAAAGUUCCGAUGGAUUUCGAGAUAUUAGGUCAUGAGAAUGAUUUAUAUAUCUCACAAGAAGAUAUAGUCCACUUUGGCUUAAUGGAGGAGAUUGGAGCAUCAUGUAUAUCGUUAUAUAUCAGGAUUUUAUACUUCCAAUUAGUGAAAAGAGAGAUCAGUCACUUUUUUUGUUUUGUUGAGCCAAUUUGGUUAUCAAAUGUUGGAUCUACUGAAGAAGAACGAGUUGAAUGGAUAUCAAAGCGUAUGAUUGAUUCAAAUCCAGGUCAAAUGUGGUUGUUGCCAUAUCAUAAGGGAAAUCAUUGGAUGCUUAUAAUAAUGGAUUUUGAUCACCAAUUGUGCUAUUUCCUGGAUUCUCUUGACAAUUUUCCACCAGAUGAAAUCAAAUCUCUCAUUUCUUGUGUUUUUCAACAUUUGCGCACAAAUAAUGCGAAAACUAAGGAAGUCGCAUGGAGAACUGUUAAGUGUCCUCGUCAACCAUCAAAAUCAGUACAAUGUGGAUUCUAUGUUAUGAGGAUGAUGAAAGACUUCGUGACAAAUGAGUUUUCAAUGCGAUGGCUAACUAGUAAAUGUGGCGGGAAGAAUUCUUACACAAAGGAUGAGAUCAAUGAAGUACGUGAAGAAUGGGCACAAUGCAUUAUGGAUUUGAUGAGUACUACAUAAGUCUACUCACUUUUGUUAACUUAGACUUUUAAAGAGAUAUACUUAGAAUAACUUAGACUUUCUUAGAGAUACACACACUUUUAUUGUCUAACUAUAGUUUACACUUUUGUUGCUUAUAUGAGUAAUUUUGUAAUUAACUUAAGACUCAUCAUUAUUUUGGAUAUUUAAUUCAAAUUCUAGUAUUUUAUAUUACUGUGAUA